AAAGGCAAGUACGCUGUAGAUGAGAGUUUGAGCAAGUCAAGCCGUCAUCUCCUCUCUCGCCUGCUUUGCGUUGAUCCAGAAAAACGCAUAAAUAUGCAAGAACUUUGCAACCAUCCCUGGGUAAUGGGAGAAGACUUGGGACCUAUCGAUCUCCUGCUGGACGUGAAACACAACCUACCCCUGAACUCAGAUAUUGUUCGCGAGAUCUCCUCCUACACACAUAUCCCCAAAGUUGAAAUGUCCCGGAUGCUGCGUAAGCGGUCGUACGACUACCUCAUGGCCACCUAUAUGAUAAUGGAGCAGCUGUAUCUGGUCGAGGGCAUUCUUCUCCGACUCCAGCGUCGGGAUCAGGUCAAGAGCCGGCACCAAGCAUCGGCGGACUGGGAAGUUGCAGACACUCCCAGUACCACUCCGGCCCCUCGAGUGCGGCCUGCACGGCACAACACAACCUGUGGCUCCGGUUUAACAUAUCAGGGAAAUUCAGAUAAAGAGAACGUAUUUCAGACUCCCCUUCCGCUGUCUAACUCAGGGCCGCAG